AUGAUAAGAAUAUAAUCUUGCCAGGGUGACCAUAGUUUUGAUUAAAAUUAUGAAAUUAAUUGGUGCUUUGAGCAACUUUAAACAGAAUUUAGUGCCAAAAGACAUGAAACUAAAAUUAGAACAGAUAAACAUAGCAAUUAAAUAAAUGAAAAGAAAAAAUUCUCAAUAACUUUCAGAGAUGAGAUCUAUCCAAAAGAAGGUCUUGUUGAUGUUUAAAUAGUUGAUAAUUGGAAAAUUUAUAAUGUAAAUAAAGAGAAAAAAGCAAAUGAUGAUUGUUUAUGCUUCAUCUCUUGA